AUGUAUCGUUCUCAUACUCCUAGACAGCAGAUUGUCAAAUUUAUUCGUGAAGGAAUGAUUCCUAUAUUUGUUGGUGGUGGUAUUGCUUUUGUUGGUAUUCAGCUAGUAUCUGGAAGUGAAAAAUUUUAUAAAGAAGUUGUUAUGCCAUUAACUCAUAAAUAUUUAGAUGGUGAAAAAGCUCAUCGUUUAGCUGUUAUUGCUUGUAAGUAUGGUUUGUAUCCUAGAUGUGGACAAAAUCUUAAAGAAUAUGACAAUUUAAAGACAAAUGUAUUCGGCAAAGAAUUUAACAAUCCAUUGGGAAUAGCAGCAGGAUUUGAUAAAAAUGGAGAAGCAAUAAAGGGUAUGAAAAAUAUGGGAUGGGGAUUUAUAGAAAUUGGUUCUGUUACACCACAACAGCAAGAAGGUAAUCCGAAACCAAGAGUAUUUAGAUUAAUUGAAGAUCGUGGUAUUAUUAAUAGAUAUGGUUUCAAUUCCGAUGGAUUAGAUGCUGUAUUAAAAAGAGUUAAAGAAGCAUUUAAUUUUAAAAAUCAAGUACCAUUAGGAAUUAAUCUUGGAAAAAAUAAACAUCAAACUGAUGCCAAAGUUGAUUAUCAGUUAGGAAUGUUAGCUUUUUCAAAAUAUGCAGAUUAUAUAGUUAUUAAUAUUUCAUCACCUAACACACCUGGUCUUCGUUCACUUCAAUCCAAGGAUGAAUUGAUAAAAAUUAUUACUGCUGUAAACGAAAAACGUUGCCAAGACAAUGAUAAAGAAACUAAAUUAUUGUUGAAAGUAGCACCAGAUCUAACUACCGAAGAUAAGCGUGAUAUCGCAAAUGUAAUAACUGAUAAAAAAUAUAAAAUUGAUGGGGUAAUUGUAAGUAAUACAACUAUUUGUAGAAAUUUUUCUUUGGAAAGUGAAUUUAAAAAUGAAACUGGUGGAUUAAGUGGUGCUCCAUUGAAAGAUUUAAGUACGAAAUGUAUUAAAGAGAUGUACCAAUUAACAAAAGGAAGUAUUCCAAUUAUUGGUAGUGGUGGAAUAGAAAAUGGAAAAGAUGCUUAUGAAAAAAUAAAAGCCGGUGCAUCACUUGUUCAAAUAUAUUCCGCUAUGGUUUAUCAAGGAUUUCCUGUUAUUGGAAAAAUCAAAAGAGAAUUAUCUGAACUUAUUGAAAAAGAUGGAUUUAAAUCUUUAUCCGAAGUAAUUGGUAUUGACAAUGUAAUUGAUAACAAAUGUAAUAUAAAAAAAAAUUGGUGGUUUUGGUAA